AUGAACGCUGCCUCAGCAGUCAAGGAGGGAAACUUCGUUUCCAAGGCUGAUCGCAUCAACUUACACAACAAGAAUGGAUUCACGAGACAAGAAGAUGAUAUGAUCUUGGAAGAAGUUCGUAAAAACCCUCACCGUCGCUCAACCCACAAGUUAUUCCACGAAAUUGCAGAAAAGAUUGGAAGACAUACUGGUAAUUCUAUCCGUUACAGAUUUAGAACCCAUCUACAGAAUGAGUUGAAAUACGUCUACAAGACGGAUGAUGAAGGUAACUUGAUUACAGACUCUGUGGGUAAAUACAUCCCAACUGAAGCAAUGCCUUCAACGAUGAAGAACAAAUUCACAGCAAGGGAUGAUUAUACGCUUGCCAAAGCCGUUAUGGAUAAUAUAGCUGAUAGACCAGAGUCUACUCCAGAUGACGCAAGAGAUCUUGUUUUACCAGGGAAAUUCUUUGAACAGAUGGCGAAGGACCAUCCAAACCAUACAAGGGCAGCAUGGAGAGAUAGAUACAGAAAGUUUGUCGUUCCAUACGGUGUGGAUAAGUACCUUUCAUACUAUGAGGAUGAACUCAGUGCAAACCGUGUUCCUGAAGAGAUUAAAAACUUUACGGGAAGA